UGCAUCAAGAUGCCCGUAGAUCGCGAUGAACGACCGCGGAUUGAGUUUGUUUUCCAUUUUUGUCCCUUUUUUUUCUGCGGAAAAAGAAAAAGAUAACGUAGAUGGCUUCCCUUCUUCCUCUUGGAUGCCCCUCUCGACCUUCACUUCUCCUCUGUGCUCGAAGCCUUCCUCCGGCAUCGCUCAGGCCCAGCUCGUCGUUUCCAUGGAGGGGCACGACGAAAUCCGAGAUUGGGAGAUCCUUUUUGGGUCCGACUCCGUGGAGGACUCCAAGCCCUUGCGAUCAUCGUCGGCGGACGAAUCCGACGACGGCGCCAUCAAAUUCGACUACUUCGGGAUCGAUUCCGGGAAGCGCUACCACAAAGGGGCCGGCUUUGUCGACGACGCCCACGAGGAAGAUGCGCAGGUCGAUUCAGAUAACCCUAGCUGGAUUGACCCUGAAUCCGAUUCUCGAUGCGAUGAUCACGAUCGGACCAAGGGAGAGGUGAGUUUUCCCGGAAUCCGUUCGGAUGAGUCGUUGGUUUGCAGCGAAAAGUGGUGGGCUGAUGCAGAGGAGGAUGUGAAGGUUGUGGAUGCUGAGGGGAUUAGGGAGAUUCAAGCGAUAAGUGCGGUGAACGAGGAUCUCGCCCAAGAAGAACCUGAUGAAAAUGUGAAGAUUCAUAUUUCUUCAGGGGAUUCAGAGGGCAAAAGUGUGGGUUUGGACAAGGCUUUGGCUGAUGGGGAAGAGAAGAGAGGGACAGUGUGGUGGAAGUUCCCUUUUCAGCUUCUAAAGCUCUGCGCUUUCAAUGUAAAGCCAGUUUGGUCGAUCUCUAUAGCUGCGGCAGCCAUAUUGGGGGUGAUGAUGCUUGGAAAAAGGUUGUACAGGAUGAAAGAGAAAACUAGAAGUAUUCCACUCGGGAUCAUCCUAGAUGAAAAGAAAGCAUCCCAGUGGAAGGUUCAUGCCGCUCGUUUGAAUGAAGCUUUCUCCGUCAUGAGGCGAGCUCCCAUCAUAAGGCCUUCACUAACUUCCGGUGGAUUGACACCGUGGUCUGUGGCCAGCCUGCAGUGAGCUCCGGUUACUACUAUCAAUACACGAGCGAACGCUGUCGAAUGAAACUAUGUUGUGUAUCGCAAGCGAUAUUUGUGCUCAAGGUGGUCUCAAAUUUCAGAUCAUUGAUCAAGUUAUCAGUGUUGUUCUUAAACUAUACUCGUGUGUAUCUAAAGUAGGAUAUCUAUCUUCCAGAUAUUUUAUGACUGUAACUUUGUUGCACUGCCCCGUGUGUGUUCAUUAUUCAGAAAGGAUUACAAUAUACUAAAUGCUUGAUUGCCUUUGUAAUUUUAAA